AUGGUUUUAAAGUGGUUAGUUGCAUUUGGCGUCGUUGCAGCCAUGAUUCCUUUGGGUAUUCAUCAAAUACCAGAAGGACAUGUUGGUAUUUAUUACAGGGGUGGGGCACUUCUUACAUCGAUGACAGCACCGGGCUAUCAUGUUAUGAUACCCUUUCUCACCACAGUCAAGAUUGUUCAAACAACUUUACAAACCGAUGAAGUGAAAAACAUCCCGUGUGGUACGAGCGGCGGUACAAUGAUUUACUUCGAUAAAAUCGAAGUGGUAAAUAUAUUAAACCGUGAUGCUGUGAUUGAUAUCGUACGAAAUUACACUGUCUACUAUGAUCGAACAUUGAUUUUCGAUAAAAUUCAUCAUGAAGUUAAUCAAUUUUGCUCGGUGCAUACACUUCAAGAGGUCUACAUUGAUCUUUUCUCCAGUAUUGAUGAUCAUCUCAAACGAACAUUACAAUCGGAUUUAAAUAAUUUAGCGCCGGGACUUUACAUAAGUUCUGUUCGAGUCACGAAACCGAAAAUUCCCGAAGCUAUUCGUCGAAAUUAUGAAACAAUGGAACAAGAAAAGACACAAUAUAUGAUUACAACUGCACAUCAGAAAGUUGUGGAAAAGGAAGCGGAAACGGAUCGUCGUCGUGCUGUGAUCGAAGCUGAGAAAGUAGCUCAAGUAGCUAAGAUUCAAUACGAACAAAAAAUUCUGGGCAAAGAAAGUGAAAAGAAGAUUGCCGAAAUCGAAGCUGAAAUGCAUUUAGCUCGGGAACGUUCGCUAGCCGAUGCAAAUAAAUACAAGAGCGAUACAGAAGCAGAAUCGAACAAGGUGAAAUUAACACCAGCAUAUCUUCAAUGGUCCAUGUAUCAAGCCAUCGCUCAAAAUGCAAAAAUCUAUUUCGGAAAUGCUAUUCCAAACAUUUUUACGUCUGACAUGAAAUUUGAUGACCAAUCGCAAACAGCCAAGCGCAAACCAACGCAAACGGCUUAA